ACUACAAAAUGCCUAUUAUCAUAUGUCAUAUGUAACCAAUUCUAUGGUUAGUAUUGAACGGUAAAAUUUACAUUUAUAGUUUCAAGGCGUAAAUUAUUCAAGAGAAUUACACGUAAUUACAAUAAACAUUACUUUGAUAAACUUAUCGAAGGCUUCUUAAUCGAUUUAAAUAUAUUAAAAUGGUGUUAAUUCGUCCAGAAGAAAAGCAAAAUAUGGCUCAAGUUGAAGGCCAAAAUUCGAUAAAAGUGAAAACACCUAAAAGAGUUUUGCAUUUUAGUGAUGGCAUAUUAGAGGAAUACAGUACAGAUGAAGAAGAUAACAGCACCACACAAAAUCAACAAAUCGAUCCCGCUACUAUGACAUGGGGACCCUGGUUUUGGUUGAAAGCUUGGUCUGCAGGGAAUUCAACCCUAAAUGUGGUAGAUACAAUAGGAGAAUUUCUGUCAUCAGUUUUUGGAAUUACUACACCAAGAUAUUAUUUUGAACUGGAAGAGUAUAAGAGAAGAGAAGAGCAAAAAAGAAGGCAGAAUGAAUUAGCUUCUGGAUGGUCACAACCAACAAAUACUAGUGUUUCUGUACCUUUGAAAGACAUGGGAAAUUCAUCACAACCAAUUGAUGUUUGAGAUUUUGUCAAAUAAAUACAGUUGAAUAAGU